AUGAGAUCGCAAAGGCGUUUUCGUGUCAUCACCUAUCUGGUGUUGUCCGCUAUCGUCAUGCUGAUAUUCUUACACAACCGCCAAUCCAGCGAGCCGGGCUCGCGGUCGCUGCACGACUUCUACUCCAAGACCGUAAACGCCAUGGAUAAGCAUCAUGGGGGCAGUGGCGAUGGCGGCGGAACUGGCAGUUCUGCCGGCCAAAAGGUCAUUGCCGACCACGACGUCAACGGGGAUGGGAUUGUCGACGAGGAGGACCGUAUCCAGGCCAAGCAGAUGGCCGACCGUCUGCGGAAAGCCGAGCAAGAAGCGAAAGAAAACGCGAAGGCCAAGGGACCCAACAAACCCGAGUCGCCUGCACAAGUCGUCGGUGUGGGGAGUUCGGCAAGUGGCCAGGAAAAGCCUGCGCCGGAAGGGAAGGGCAAAACGCAACCCGAGGAAUCCGAAGAGGACCAUGAAGUGGAGGGCGUGCUCAACACAAUCUUGAAACAGUCUCCGCUCAUCAUCUUUUCCAAAUCAUACUGCCCCUAUUCCAAGAUGGCCAAGGGUGUUCUCCUCGACAAGUACAUCAUCGAGCCCACGCCGUUCGUGGUUGAGCUAGACCAACAUCCGCUGGGGGCGAAAAUCCAGGCCAAGCUGGGAGAGAUGACGGGCCGGCGGACGGUGCCGAAUAUCAUGAUUUACGGGCAGAGCAUUGGCGGUGGUGAUGACAUCUCCGAGAUGGACAGGGAAAGAACACUGGCCGACAAGAUCGCCUCGCUCGGGCAAUCCAAGAUCAACGUGUCGCUGCGCUUCGUACAGAGUGCCCAAAAGGCCACCUAG